AUCUCCUAACGUACGCUUUCCUUCUCUGUAAGACUGGGAGUGAUCGAGAUUUCUCUUGGCACAGCUACCAGAAGACUUACAACUUUCAUUCACGUUGCUAACGUCACGUCUACGUUGUCAAGCUAGAUUGGAGGCUGCGCAGUAACGCUCAGCCAUCACCGGAAAAAUGCUUCUAUAUCUUUCACUGGUCUCCGUCUUUAACUGACUAUGUAUGUAGCCAUGUACUAGGUCUACAUAAUCUUACUGCACAGUUGGCAUUGUCAAAACUUUUGGGGAGCUAUUAUAACGUAUCGUUGAUGCUACGAUUUAUAUGACAAACCGGCACUUGUUUAAUAGGCUACGCUUACGACAGUAAUGUUAGAUUCCAAUACAUCUGCAAAUGACACGGAUACGCUCGCUCGUGGAGAUGGGGAGAAGGAACAGCCUUUGUGGGAAUCAAAGGAGCAAGGUUUACUGGUACCGGAGGUCAAAAUGCCCGCCUCCUCCAGGUUUCUGCAAGUUGAACUGGAGCUGAACGCCCACCUCCGUCGGCUCACCUUCAGCGAGCCUGUCCGGUACAUCUACAACCCGCUGGAGUACGCCUGGGACACCCACCGCUGCUACGUGGAGAAGUACUGUCACAGCGGACAAAGGAUCCUGUUUUUAGGGAUGAAUCCAGGACCUUUCGGCAUGGCACAGACCGGGGUCCCCUUUGGAGAAGUAAGCUCUGUUGUUGAUUGGCUGAAGAUCACAGGGGAGGUUGGUCAUCCUCCGGACGAGCAUCCUAAGAGGCGGAUCACAGGACUUGCCUGCACUCAGAAGGAAGUGAGUGGUGCUCGUUUCUGGGGCUUCUUCAGGAAGUUGUGUGGUGAACCAGAACUGUUCUUCCAGCACUGCUUUGUGCACAAUCUAUGCCCGCUCAUUUUCAUAGGUGCCAGUGGGAAGAAUUUAACCCCCCCUGAGCUGCCUGCUGGUGAACGGGAGGGCCUUUUGGCCCUGUGUGACGUUGCACUGUGCCAGGCGGUGGAAGCAUUGGGCGUCUCCAUGGUGAUCGGGGUUGGAAGGGUGGCGGAGCAGCGGGCGCGGCGAGCUCUAUCAGCAGCAGGUGUCAACGUGCGUGUCGAGGGCAUCAUGCAUCCGUCUCCUAGAAACCCACUAGCCAAUAAGGGCUGGGAGGAAGUAGCCAAUGCCAAGCUGGCAGAACUUGGCGUCUUGUCACUGCUGAACAAUAUGUGAACUAUUCAACCUUCUCUGACAUGUGCCUCAAGUUAUCAGUAGCAACA